CCCCCAAAGGGGCUAGGGGCCCCGGGCAGCCACCCCCCACAUCAGUGGGGGGCCCGCCUGGCUUGGAGGCUGGGCAGCGAGGUUGAUAAGCCCUGGACCCCAGCGGCCCCACCACUGUGCCGGCUGCUGCCCGCGCGGCCAGAACCAUGAGGGCCACCUGUGGCAUCAGCCUCGGGCUGUGUGGCCUGCUGCUGCUGCUCCGGGCCCCAUGCUCGCCGGGCCUCGCCCCCCCGUCCAGAGGGCACCUCUGCCGGACCCGGCCCACGGACCUGGUGUUCGUUGUGGACAGCUCGCGCAGCGUGCGGCCCGUGGAGUUCGAGAAGGUGAAGGUGUUCUUGUCCCAGGUCAUCGAGUCGCUGGACGUGGGGCCCAACGCCACCCGGGUGGGCGUGGUCAACUACGCCAGCGCCGUGAAGCAGGAGUUCCCGCUGCGCGCCCACAGCUCUAAGGCGGCGCUGCUGCGGGCCGUCCGCCGCAUCCGGCCGCUGUCCACCGGGACCAUGACCGGUCUGGCCAUCCAGUUCGCCAUCAGCAAGGCCUUCAGCGAUGCCGAGGGGGGCCGCGCCAGGGCCCCCGACAUCAGCAAGGUGGCCAUCGUGGUGACGGACGGGAGGCCCCAGGACAGCGUGCGGGACGUGUCUGCACGGGCCCGGGCCAACGGCAUCGAGCUGUUCGCCAUCGGCGUCGGCCGCGUGGACAAGGCCACGCUGCGGCAGAUCGCCAGCGAGCCGCAGGACGAGCACGUGGACUACGUGGAGAGCUACAGCGUCAUCGAGAAGCUGUCCAAGAAGUUCCAGGAGGCCUUCUGCGUGGUAUCAGAUCUGUGUGUCACAGGAGACCACGACUGUGAGCAAGUGUGUCUCAGCUCCCCGGGCUCCUACACCUGCGCCUGUCGGGAGGGCUUCACCUUGAACAGCGAUGGCAAGACCUGCAAUGUCUGCAAUGGCAGUGGUGGCAGUUCGGCCACUGACUUGGUAUUCCUCAUCGAUGGAUCCAAAAGCGUGCGGCCAGAGAACUUCGAGCUGGUGAAGAAGUUCAUCAAUCAGAUCGUGGACACACUGGACGUGUCAGACAAACUGGCCCAGGUGGGGCUGGUGCAGUACUCCAGCUCCGUCCGUCAGGAGUUCCCGCUGGGCCGCUUCCACACAAAGAAGGACAUUAAGGCAGCUGUGCGAAACAUGUCUUACAUGGAGAAGGGCACCAUGACCGGGGCCGCCCUCAAGUACCUCAUUGACAAUUCCUUCACCGUGUCCAGCGGGGCGAGGCCCGGUGCCCAGAAGGUGGGCAUCGUCUUCACUGAUGGCCGGAGCCAGGACUACAUUAAUGAUGCUGCCAAGAAGGCCAAGGAGCUCGGCUUUAAGAUGUUUGCCGUGGGCGUGGGCAAUGCCGUGGAGGACGAGCUGAGGGAAAUCGCCUCGGAGCCCGUGGCAGAGCACUACUUCUACACGGCCGACUUCAAGACCAUCAACCAGAUCGGCAAGAAGUUGCAGAAGAAGAUCUGUGUGGAGGAAGACCCGUGUGCCUGCGAGUCCCUUAUGAAAUUCCAGACCACGGUGGAGGGGCUGCUGCAGGCCCUGACCAGGAAACUGGAAGUUGUGAAUAAGCGGCUGGCCGUCCUGGAGAACACAGUCGUCUGAGGCUGCCCGUCCCCGCCACGGCCUCUGCGUGUCCCCGCCCCCGCACAGCCCGCGGAGUCCUGCGUGUGGCCCCGAGAGCCCGGCUUUCGUUUCGCUUUGCUGUUUCCGUGAGAGGGGUUUGGGGAGGGGGAGGCCCUGAGGGCACCAGGCCUCCCUCUCCCCCGCCACCCUGCCGGCCCUGCUGGGUGCGAGUGUGAGUGUGUGCUAGGAGUGUGGCAGCGUCUGGGAGCGUGUGUGCGCGCGCGCGCGCAUCUGAGGGCGAGUGUGUUCUCUCCAGCAGGGGUGCGUGUGUGUUGUGAGUGAGAACACAGGGGUGAGUGUGGGAGGGACUUCGUUUGCAUUUUGUUCAAUCAAAAGCUUAAUAUAUUCCUAUUUUUUUAGUUAACCCUUUCUUGGAUGCAAGUGCUGUGAAUCUCUUUUCUGAGUUUUCGACUCCCUUUUGAAAAACAAUUAAAUGCCAUGUAAG